AUGUUUAUUUCAAUACUUUAUUUAUUAUUUUGGACUCCAUUAGCAUUAGUAUCACUUAUUCGAAUUUAUUUUAUUCCAACAUUUAUUGAUUCUAUAACUUAUUAUUAUUUAUAUUAUACACCAUAUCUUGUUCAACUUUUAAUACCAUUUGUGUGUAUUGCUUGUUUACCAGAAAUAUGGCCAAGGAAAAACCGUAUUGUUUAA